AUGUGUGGCGGCGCUGGUCUACCGAAACGAUUGGACGUAUCCAGCUCAGUUAGGAAAGAGCUUUCCCGUGUAUCUCACACAUCGAGGAAAUUCGUUCCCACUUAUCAUCUUACCAAAGCACGACCAAAAGCGGUAACACCUGCUGUUAGAUAUGAAAACGAUUAUUGA